CACGGUCGUGUUAUUGUACACGUUGAUUGCUGCUAGCUUUUCAUUAUAACAGAGGAAGGUAUGGCCUAUUUCGUCUUAAUUUUGUUUGGAACAGUAAGUAUCCUUUCGGUAGCUUCCAGCUUCAGCGAAUACGCCCCACCUCCUACGAUCGUAAACACAACUUCUGGUCCUGUACGCGGGGAAGCUAUUGCCUUGAACACGAACAAGACCCUCGUACAAUAUCUUGGAAUACCGUUUGCAAAAGCAGGAAGAUUCGAGGCUCCCCAAUCGCCGACCCCGUGGAAAGAUACAAAGAACACAACUUCUUUCGGGCAGGCAUGUCCUCAAAACCCUUCCUUGAUCGUAAACUCGACAGAGAAAGAUACAGCGGAAGACUGUCUGAAUUUAAAUGUCUUUAUCCCGCGAGACAAAGAGACAGAGAAGGGUCUUAAAUUAUCCGUCAUGGUGUGGAUCUACGGAGGUGGAUUUUCCGUAGGAAGUGCUGCAUACCAUGUCUACAAUGGUCAAUACCUCGCUACUGAAGGACAAGUGAUAGUUGUUACAUUCAAUUACCGUCUCGGUGUACUAGGGUUUUUGUCCACUGGAUCAGAGGAGAUCCCCGGUAACUUUGGGCUUUUAGAUCAAGUGAAAGCCUUGCAGUGGGUUCAGCAAAACAUUGAAAGGUAACGAAAUUUCAAAGUGUGCAUUAUGUAGAUCUCAGUUGCUCAAUUACCUUCAUGAAUUUAUCUAUAUCACCCAUGCCACACUCCAGUAACAUUAGUCACAAGCAGAAAUUCUGCUCUCCAUGCUGUUUGCCUCUCCCCACCUACUUCCUUGAGACUUUUACGUGAAGUUCCGAUAUGCUGAAUUAGUCAACUCAAAAUAAGAAGGGGAAAUAAAAGCUCUCUUCGGGAGAUAAUAGAACCCAAUAAGUUUUCAAAGAAGAAAUUAACACAGUCAUGUUCAUGUUUCUUUAUUUUUGCUAAAUGCAUGCGAAAAAAAAGAAACCAACAGUUUUAUUUCCCAUGGAAGUCUAUAAAUAAGCUAUCUCCUGUAUCCAUGCUAUUCUAAAAAUUGAGGGAGAAGUAAGUCCUGUAUAUUUACAAUUUUAGCCAAGGGGAUAUAUGGCUUCUUGCGCAGGGUACUUAUUAAAGUAAAAGAAAUAAAAUUCAAGGAAUUGUGGGGCUUGGUGAGUUAUUGCAGCAUUUACUUACUCCCUAUUUGAAGGAUAAGGUUAAUCCUUAAACUCCCAUGAGUGACCAAGACAGAAUUUAUCCUUACAAUAUCAAUACAAAAUCAACCAGAUAAGUGAUGAGAAUAAAGAAAAAUAUCAAUUUGAGGAUAAUUAGUUGAUCCAAUAUAUGCUAAAUUCUCUGAACUAAUAUUAUACGAAUUAUAUGAUUGACAGUGAGGAGAAUAACAAAUUUGAUCUGGGAGUUAAGGGUUUAAGGGAGACUGGGGUACUUAACUGUAAACAAGUGAAGGAGUAUUUUGUAAAAGGCCAUCAAGCUAUAUUCCCACCCCACCCCACCUUAGUCCCUGUCCCCCCCCACUACCCACUUCCCCUGGAUGAAGGGGUUUAAAAUUUGAUGUAAUGUACGCCUGAAGAAGCAUGUUAAUUUGAACACUGUUCUGUAAUUAAAGUUUUCCCACCCAUAGCUAUAUAUCAAUUUAUCAUCUAAGUUACACUGCAGUCAGUCAAGAGCUCUUAACCAUUCUUCCUAUCUUUUGCCAUGUUUCAUAUCUCCUUUCAUUAGUAUUGGUGGAUGUGCUCAAAACACUCUAGAAUGGAACAUCAGCUUCGAUGACUAUUUUGCAUUUGCAUGAUGUAAAUGAUGUGGUGUUGAUGAAUCCAAGCAAAAAUCUUAACUUACUUCUGAGGGUCUGGGGUUCGAUUCCUUAAGGGGACUAAUGACUUUAACCUUGUCCUACUCUUGUGACAUUAGAUAAAGAAACAUUUCAUUGGUUUAGGGGAGGUUUUGAUUCCUACCAGCUUUGCAAGUUUAUCCCUAGCAAUAAAGCAAGUUAAACUCCACAUUUACAUGUUUGCUCCCAAAUCUUUCAAAUUCAAUUAGAUAUCAAUCACAAGUACUUUAUAUUUUGUUAAUUCUUCCACAGGUUUGGAGGAAAUCCAAAGAAUGUAACAAUCUUUGGUCAUUCUGCAGGAGCAGCAAGUGUUGCCUUACACAUGUUAUCACCCCUCAGCUAUGGGCUCUACCACAAAGUUAUUAUUCAAAGUGGAAGUGCAGCAGCCACAUUUGGGGCAAAUGAAAAAAAGACAGCCAAAGAGUUAGCCAGGUGAGCAAACUUAUUAAAAAUUUAUUUUGAUGUGUAAUGAUUAUUGUGGUAACCAGAAUCUAAAAGCAUCACAAGAUUUGCUUGUCCAUGGUUUGUGUAUCUUUAAACACAAGUUUCCUUUAGAGACCAUAAAUUUUUUAUCACUGCAAUUCAAAUGAGACAUGAAAUUACAAUGUACGACACAUUGACCAUAUUUUGAAAAGUUUUGAAAAUUCUGUUAUUGCUUAAGUGCAUUGGACUUAACUCUCACUUCUCUUUUUUUCCAUCUCUUAGCAAUCAGUUUCAAAAUAAGAGAGCCACAUUAAAGGCAUUCUUGAUUAAAACCUUUUUUUUGCAAUAAUCUAUGAGGGCAACAGAGCUCUUUGUGUUUUAAAUGUGAACAUGCACAUGGUGGUUUUGUGUGUGCAAACAAGUUGCUCAUUUAGAUUAAUUAGAAUGUUUUUGUUGGAAAUUAAUUCCUACCUGUUUUUUACCUUAAGUUUAAAAAGCCAUUUUACAGUUGUCUUUUUAUUUGCCAGGCCUUUGAUUUGGAGUGAGGCUGAAGUUGACCAUGUUGUGAUAAAGAGCAAAAUCUAAAUUAGCAAUAUUUUAGAACAGAGUAAUUUAGAUUUGAAAAGCACCAAGGUUUGUAUCAUAACUGACAUUAGGUCACCCUUAGUGUCACUCCUGUUCAAAGGCUUGGCAACCAAGCACACAACUGUAAAGUUGACUGUAAUGGUCACUGAACAAGAAGUCUGGAACUGAGAUUCAUGCCUGUGAAAUUCUCCUAUUUCAAUAUGAUCAGUGUUUGCUCAAGAUAUAUGAUCUGGCAGAUAUCAACAUUAUCAUCAUCAUCAUUGUUCGUUACCCUCCCUAUUGGAGAAAAGGGCUCUGUAGUUUCAUAAACAGCUUCAGUUGUUUUUCUGAGAUGAGAUGAUUCACUCCACACUCAAACCCUUACCUGGACUUUUCUGUGUGAGGUUUCAUUACCUUAGCCUCAGUUUGAAGCUACUCAAAGGCUCCUGACACCUGCCUUUAGCCAUUGUUACUCAACUGCUAAAUGCAUCACCAAUGGCUGGGACAGUGAUUGCAUGCAUCAUGUGAUGUCACCGCAGGCAAUGCUACUGUCAGUUAGAAAAGCAUACCUCAGCAGUUGUGAGACAUUUGACCUAUCUAGGACCUAGCACUAUAGAGCAUCCCCCCCUCUCCCCUGCACUCCUCAGUUUUAACAGUGAUGAAAUUUAACUUUAGGUCCCUUUAACUCCCAAUGUCUGGUUGUUAACUUUCCUUUUUAGCAGCUACACAUUUCCUUUCAAAUUAGUUACAAGAAUUUGUUGUUAGGUUAAAAAAAAAAAAAAAUAAAUAUAUAUAUAUAUAUUUUUUUUUACCGACCUGACCUCUUAUCACUAAAUAAGCGUAAUGAACUUGUAUCUUCAUGCCGACACAGAAAUAAAGCGUUGCUAUGCAACAGCUGAACUCUAAAGUUUUUAAGUUUACCGCGUAUUAUGUAAAUUUUCCUAGUAUAUACACGAUAGUCACAUGAAUAUUCUUUCAUUAAACCCCUGAAGAGUGAAGCGAUUCACGAAACAGGCUUGUCAGGAAAAUGUAGUUGCGUCCUUUUUUCCUCUUAAAAUAUUUAUUCUGCUCUGCUUCAACAUAUUGAGCACUGUUCCACGCGAAAAUCAACUUGCAGACUCCCUAUAUAUAUAUAUAUAUAUAUAAUAAAGGAGAGGUUACAUAUUAAUCAUUUUUGGGAGUUAAAAUUGUGACUUGUUAAUCUUACUUGAGUAUAUCUCUCAACAGUGCUCUUGCAGCCUAUGUUGGAUGCAGCAUGUCAGAACUAAAGAAAUGCUUGUUGAAAAAGGAAGUAACAGAAAUCCUGAAAGCUCAGAGGAACAUCACUGGGGAUCUUUUAUCAGAUAAACCUUUGCUGUUGCCAGUUGUUGAUAACCACUUUCUACAUGGUAAGUUGACUACUUGACAAUGCAGGCUGUAUUAACCUUGAAAUCACUAUGCAUUAUUUAUACAUUCUCCAUACUGUUUUCUGUACAUUUCAGGAGAUGCAGGUAGGGAAAAUCUGUGAAACAAUCAACAGCUUCUUCAGUUCGUGAUCAUUUCCCUUAUUCCUCAAUGACUCAGAGGGAAUCAUGAGGAGAAAUUAGAUGCUAAAGUUCCUCUAAAUGUAAUUUCAGGUCAAGACAAAAAUUAGCUCAAACAUUCACAAAAGCCACACCUACAUGCAAUGCAUUACAACAUUACAUGAACUACACUUUGAUGUAAUAUGUAGAUAAGUGCAUUUUCUCUCAAAAUUUCACUCCCAACUUUCAAGAAUAGCAAACUUUCCCUCUUGAAUUCACAACUCACUAGCAUCCACAGCAAAAUAUCAUUUGUAAUUUUGGUAUACUAAAACAAUAGGUGCCUCAGAAGUUCGCAGAAAGUUCACAAAAAUUUCAUUCGCAGCAAAAUUUCCUCGAAAAACCACCAAAAGCCAGGAAAAUCAUCAAAGUUCAUUUGUGUUACUUUUACACAAUACUGUAGGAAAAGGUCUUGAAGAAAUAACUUGAACCUUUUCUCUUAAAAAUUUCCGAAGGGCUCUGUGGGAUUGCCUUCUCAAAUAUAGAGCCCGACCUGUGCAGAAGAAUAACAUUUGUCAUGAAUGCAGCACAUAUUUGAAAAUAGAAUUGUGAACCAUUUUUCAAUAUCAUUAUCAAUAUUCUAGUAUCAUUAUUAUCAUUAUUGUUGUUAUCACUAAAUGACUGUUAUUACUAUUUCAAGUGUUUUGUUAUUUUUUUUCGACACAUACAUGUCACUCUACUCUAUACUUUGCAGAUCUUCCAUAUAACCUCCUUGUCAAUGGAAAGUUAAACCAAACUGUACCAGCAAUGAUAGGUGUUACUCGUAAUGAAGGCGGGUUUUUUGUCCUUCCAUUAAAAGGUAAGGACAUUGUUUUAUGAUCAAAUACCUGUAUUUCCUCCUAUAAGCUCACAUUUUGACGUGAUAUGUGAUCUGCAACAUGAAACCUAUUUGUUUUAUAUUCACUUAUGGGUCUUACCUCAGUAGAUCACAAGCAAGAACCAAUCAUAAUGUAAGUAAAACUAGCUUAUCAGUUAUUUUUCUUUCUUUACUUUUUUUAGGUGUAACGCCUGGAAUACCCAAUAUAGAUAAAGGUAUCAACCAAACCGCAUUUGAUAACCUUGUGAGGUAUGGUCAGCAUUGGACCUACAACCAAACCCAAAAACUGGUGGAGUCAGUGAUUUUUCAGUAUACAGACUGGGUCAACCAAACAGACCCUCUUGUAAGGUUUCGUCAAAAAUACAUGGAUGUGAUAACUGAUUCAUUGUUUAAGGCUCCUGCUGUCCGUUCAGCUCAUAUCUUUGUCAAGAACAAACUCAAAGAUACUUUCUUUUACUGCUUUGAUCAUGUCAAAUCUAAGUUUCCAACAUGGGCUGGAGUUUUUCAUGGAAGUGACCUAAUUUACGUGUUUGGACGUCCCUUUGCAAAGUAUAACAAGAGUGUCAGUGAACCUAAUCAAACAGCAGAGAUAAUUUUCUCGAAGAAAGUCAUCACCUUUUGGAGUAACUUUGCCAAGGCAGGGUGAGUCUGGGCGCUCAUUCAUGAAGUGAUUUUACCUGAUGUCAUUCUGUUGCAGAAGUGUGAUUGAGUGAUGAUUUCAGUGUUAGGGACCUGUUGUGAUAUAUCACCUGGGGGUUGGUCUGAGGAUUUUGGAGGGGGGAUGACAUAAUUCUCAUGGGAAUACCUGGAAGAGUAGUCAUCCCCAACAGAAUUUAACCCUUUCACUCCUAAGAUCUAAGUAGUAAUUCUCCUUACUAUCUGCCAUACAAUUCUUAUGAUGUUAGUUCAGAGAAUUUGGUAUUGGAUAAACUAAUAAUCCUAUAAUUGAUAUUCUUCUCUAUUCUCAUCACCUACCUGCUUGAUAUUGUAUUGAUAUUGUAAGGAGAAAUUCUGCCUUGGUCACUUGUGGAAGUGAAAGGGUUAAAGGAGGGACUGUAGAAAAGUAACUACCAUUGAGGAGGGAUCAUUAGAUCACUACAGAGCCUUAUGGGGGGAUCAUGUGACAAAACCAAAAUCCUCCGACCCUCCCUCAAUGAUCAGUCCCUAAUUGACAUCACUGAAAUUAUUUACCACCACUUUUUUGUUUCCAGUGAUGUGGUUGGUUGAACUCAUUUUAAUGACCUCUGAGGCUCUGAACAACAGAGGCACUUUAAAAUAGUCCUCUAAAUACUAGUCUAUUUUACAAUGAAACAUCAUAAAGCCUGAGUUGAUGUUACAUACUUCAGUAUUUGUUUUGAGGGAGGAGUGGGUGGGCCAUGAGGAGGCUUAGCAAGGGGUGAGGUGCUCAUUUGAAUGUAAAUGGAUUGUUGUAUCAAUUGUACAUGUAACAAAUUCAAAAAUUUUUAAACAGCAAACCAGCACCAGAUGACAAAUGGCCAGUAUACACUCUUGAGAAGCAGCAGUAUAUCUCUUUGAGUCCGGCCUCUUCCAUCCAGGCCAAAAUGCUUCCAGAAAAGAUGGCAUUCUGGAAUUUACUGGUUCCAUCUUUAACAGAACCACAACCAACAUUGGUUCCUUUUAUUCCAAUGAGCCCUGUGACGUCACGUCCACCUGGACAGGCAGCUGCAGUAGCUGAUAAAAGUAAGGCUCUUCAUAUAUGGUGUAUCAAUAAGUGGUGAAGGUUUUUAAUCUGCAGAUAUAAGUUCUGCAAAAAAUGAAUGCAUCUAGUCUUAUAACACAUUUUGCAAGCCAGUCAAGUAUUAACUUUCAUUCUUUUGUGUUCAAACUCAUUGAAGUAGUCAUCUAUGAAGGCAUGUACAGUUUAUUUUGAUUCUGGUUUUUUUUUUUUUUUUUUUUUUUUUUUUUUUUUUUUUUUUUUUUUUUUUUUUUUUUUUUUUUUUUUUUUUUUUUUUUUUUUUUUUUUUUUUUUUUUUUUUUUUUUUUUUUUUUUUUUUUUUUUUUUUUUUUUUUUUUUUUUUUUUUUUUUUUUUUUUUUUUUUUUUUUUUUUUUUUUUUUUUUUUUUUUUUUUUUUUUUUUUUUUUAAUCUCUGUGCCAGGGUAAAAAGUCAAGAGAUGUUAAAACUUGAAAAUGUUACAUUUUCUUCCCCAGUAAUCUUUUCCUCCUUGUUAACCCUUUUACCUCUGAGGGUGACCAGCAUCUAAUUUCUCCUUACAAUAUCACCCCUGAAUCAAACGUUAAGGUCAUGAGAAUAAAGGAAAUGAUCACCAACUAAAGAAGCUCUUGAUUGUGAAACAAAUUCUCCUUGUUGGCAGCUUUGGAAAUGUAAAGACAACAGUAUGGAGAAUAUGCAUAAUGAAAUAUGUUGAAUUGCAAAACUGAUUGAAAAUUUGUUAAUGAAAUAAGGGUAGGUUUUCUUUGAUUUAAUGUUGCAACAACAAUGUGGUUUCUAAAUAGAUGAAUAAAAUAAAAUUUUCGAACACAAAGCAUAAACUAAUAAGCAAACACAACUAGAAUAAAGAAAAUGAAGCCACUUGACUGAAAAACUUUUUUCACGGACCUCUAAUCAAUCAAAUCAGACUGAAUAAUUUUUCAUUGUUUUGAUUUUACAUUUUUUGAAGCCACCGAAAAACUUUUCUCGGCUUAUCAUUGCUUUGUUUUGUUUUGCUUAUCAUUCUUGUUGUUAUUGUCAUUGUUUCAGAAACCGAGUAUGCCCUGAUUGGUGUGGUGGUUGUCCUUGGUGUACUUCUCUUAGUCCUUCUUGUGGUUGUUUGGCGUUAUAGGCGUAAACUAGGAGAUGCUAUCUCCGAACCUGGUCCAACUACCAGGCUAAUAUAGUUUCAACUUUAGCGGACAUAGUCCCAACCUUGGCUAAAAUCUGAGUAACAUUUUGGCACUUACUCUUGUCUUAAGUUUUAAUAGGGGUUGUGUUUUCUCUCCCUCAGUUUACUGUUUUAAGCGAUUUUAGUUCCAAGCCUAGACAAUAUUGUGACUGCAUUGGCCAGUAUUAGUCUAAUAUGGUUCCUUUUGUCUGAGUGCUUCGAGGAACUUUAUAGCCUAGUGACUGUAAUGGGGCAUUUUAAUUCCUUAGUUGAGUGCCUAACCGCGCUGAGCCCCAUAGUAUUAAGCCCCACAUUAAGCAAGGACCAUUGGUAGAGAGAUUUUGCGUCGUAUGUUCGUUAGAUGAAAGGCCUUUUUGGUUUAUCCCUUUUCUGUCCACCACCCCAUACAUGGUAAAAGGACUGAGUAGACCGAGUGGAGUCCAAUUCGGUCUGUUAUCAUACGAGUGGUAACAUUAUUGUCUAUCACCAGUAUGAUCACAGACAGAGUUGGGCGACGCGACGUCCAGUUACCAAUUAAUCAAAACUAUGACAAAAUUUGAGAAUAAAUGGCGCAUACUGUCCACUUACACAGGCAUGACGUGUCAACUGCCCUAUUAUACUGUCCAAUUACAAGCAUGGCUUGUACACUGUCCUGUUCGUGCUCAAAUCGGGCUGGUGAUAACCAAUCACUUUCGAGAAUUUUGUUAUGGUUUUGAUUACACUAGAAACGAUAUACUGGUCGGUGAACUGUUUUUCAAAGCUCCUAACAGCCAGUAUGGAAAUUAGGUUAAGUUCAACCUAUAGUUGGUUGUAAACUUACAAAUGGUGGGGAAAUUACCAAAAGAUAUGAAGUAAACUAGAAAGUACAUGUAUUAACAUAGAAAUUACAAUAAUGCAUUCUUACGGUAAAAAGUAUCAUUUAUAGUUGAGGUGGAAUGAUUUAUGAGAAUAUAAUUAAACUAUUAAAGUUUAGAGUAAAUAAAGUAAA